GGAAAGAAAAAUGGCUGUCAAGAGAUGGGGACGGAAGGAUUCACACUCCUCCUCCGAGGGGAAUAAGUGACAUGAACGUUGCUGCACUUAUGACGGAAUAUGGUAGCCAUUGGAACACCAAAAGAGUGGAGGAACUCUUUUCUGAAAAGGAGAGCCAAGCCAUAUUGGCGAUUCCGCUAAGCAAGAUUCGGAGGCUUGACAGUUUCUGGUGGCAUACGGAAGCACAUGGGCAGUAUACAGUCAAAAGCGGAUAUAGAGCUUUACAAGGGGAGAUUACUGCUGCUGACAGGCUAGAGUGGACUGCCAUGUGGAAUUUAUUUAUCCCAGGUAAAAUUAAGCACUUCUUUUGGCCGGAGGCUAAUGAGCGGGACUCUUCCUACCGCUAAUAGAUUGAUUAAGAAAAGGGUGAUCAUGGGGACAAAUUGUGUUUUAUGUGGGGAGGAAUUAGAAUCAGAACUUCAUUUGUUUCGGGAUUGUCGUGCUAGUGAGGAGAUAUGGGCAAUUGGGAAUUAAAUUUGUAAGGCUAGGUGAUUCUCUAGACGAGUGGAUACAAGCUUGUUUUAACAACUUCCAGACUGAAGAAUUAUGUUUGUUUAUCACUACACUUUGGAGUGUAUGGAAAUCUUGCAAUCAGGUAAUGUGGAAGCGUAGGGGUUUCAAUUGGCAGCAAGUUGUGGCAGCAGCAAAUUCGAUGCUACAAGGAUGGAGGGAGGCCCAACUAUGGAGCAGAGUUGCGGCACAGGACAGAAAAGGGACGGAGUGUUGGAGCAAGCCACCGCACGGAGUGGUGAAAAUAAAUGUAGAUACUGCACUUGAUUCUAGAAAGUGUAAACGGGCUUGGGGGUGGUUAGCGAGAGACUCAAAUGGCAAUUUUCUAAAGGGGGGAAGCCAAACUUGUAUAGCUAAUUGGCCGGUAAGUGUGACCGAAGCCAUUGGAGUGCGGGAAGCUCUGGUGUGGGCUAAACGACAAGGUUGGUCCAGAAUAGUGUUAGAAACCGACUCGCUUACGGUUGUUUCGAGAUUGUUGGAGGAGGAAGGAAACUCUUAUCUAGACAUGGUUAUUGAGGAAAUUAGACGAAACAUCUCCGAUGGAGAAAAUAUUGAAGUCUAUCAUUGUAAGAGGUCCGCAAACAGGGUAGCUCAUUCUCUUGCUCGGGAAGCCCUGGCAAAGGCGGAUGAGUUUAUACUUUUUAAUUCCAUUUCUGAUUGUAUUUUAAGCCAUUUGGCUAACGAUUGUUUGAAUUAAUUUGAGCAAGUGUUUUAUUUCAAAAAAAAAUUACUUUAUUGAAGCA